AGUAGAUAUGCUGCUUUUCCAACAGCUGAAUAUAAAAGAAUAAGUCAAAUCCUACUGUUUCUGGAUGCUGUUAAUUUCAAACCUUUUAAGUCAUUCUUUACAUAUGGAACUCAUAAAAUAGUGUAAAAAUCAUUUUCAUGGGUAAUGUGCAGUAUACCUGACAGAGAAGUAAGCUCAUAAUACUUAUUCACAUAAUACAAAUGAAAACUACAGACAGGCAAUUCUUUCCUAGUCAUUGAUUAAACAGAUCUCUAAAGACUUCCUUAUGAUUGUUUGUUAUAUGUAAGAAAUAAUAUAUUAUAUUACAUUAUAUUUUAUAACACAUAAUUUUAGCUUAUUUAGAUGGACUUUAAGCCAAGCUCUGAACAUGGGAUUUCAUGGUGUUGCACUGAACCUGCUCACAAACCUGAGGUGGACAGCAAAUGGGAUCAUCCCUCCACCCACCAUGGGUUGGUAUAUGUUUCCAUUUCUCUAUGGGCUUAUUGAAAUAUCUCCUUCCUACUUCCUCCAAAGGACAGCCUUUUCUGCCUCAGGCAGAAAUAGAAAUAUAGACCAUGAUGAUGGAGACUUACCAGAUGUGCACAAGAAGCUGCCAUCCAGUGCUGGAGAGGACCGAGCCUUGCUGCUGGGCUUUGCAAUGAUGGGCUUCUCAGUCCUCAUGUUCUUCUUGCUUGGAAUUACCAUCCUAAAGCCUUUCAUGCUCAGCAUUCAGAGAGAAGAGUCGAACUGUACUACCAUCCACACUCAUAUCACGGACGACUGGAUGGACUGCGCUUUCCCCUGUGGUGUAGGCUGCCGAGGCCGGGGCGAGUACCCAUGUCUUCAGGUGUUUGUGAACGUCACCCAUUCAGGUCAGAAAGCUCUCCUACAUUAUAAUGAAGAGGCUGUCCAGAUAAAUUCCAAGUGCUUUUACACACCCAAGUGCCACCGAGAUAGGAAUGAUUUGCUGAACAGUGUGCUGGACAUAAAGGAAUUCUUUGAUCACAAAAAUGGGACUGCCUUUUCAUGCUUCUACAGUCCAGACAGCCAAUCUGAAGAUGUCAUUCUCAUAAAAAAGUACGACCAGAUGGUUAUCUUCCACUGUUUAUUUUGGCCUUCACUGACUCUGCUAGGAGGUGCCCUGAUUGUUGGCAUGGUGAGAUUAACACAGUACCUGUCCCUGCUGUGUGAAAAAUACAGCGCUGCACUCAGAGAUGAGGUAGGUGGCAAAGUACCUUAUAUGGAACAGCAUCGAUUCAAACUGUGGAGUGUGGGGAGGGACAAAGAAAGGAGCAGAAAGAUCUGAAGACAGUGGCCAGAUUAAAGUCCUGGCCUUCAGAUACCUGCAAUUUUUGCACCUGUGGACCUAAUGACGCCUGCUCGCAAACUAACCACGUCGAGGCAAUUCAAACUAAGUACAUUUCUUUUGGGAAACAUUUUUAAAAAGCCUCACUAUGUAUUCCAUUUAUUCUAUGAAUACAUACAAACUCACCAUCUUUUUUCUACCCCACAUUUCUUUCCACAUGAGCCAAGGAAGUGCUUUUUGUCUCCACAUGGCGAAAUGAGCUCACAGUAGCUGUGCUUUAUCUAAUUUCAGCUCUAGCUGAACUUGUCUGCGUGGAAGUAAAUGAUGGAGGGUAUCUAACCUAUUGAGUACUGAACAGCCAGCCUAGAUCUAUGCAACACAGUUUACAUCAAAACAUUUCCCAAAAAAGUGCUUAGUGAAGAACAGGUCAUUCACUGUUAGGAAGAUAAUAAUCUGGUAAUUUCAAAAAAAUGUGGGCCAUUUUGCUUCACCAUUCAUGAUAAAGGAAAACUGCUCCUAGCAAAUGGCACUGAGUUUAGAGUUCUCUGUACUUAACCUUGCCAUGUACCAUGUAAUUUUUCUUUCAGCAACAUUCUCCUAGUUAAUUAUGCUUUCCAUAAGCUCAUUUUCUUCUUUGUGCACAUUCUGGUGGGGGUGGGAGAGAUGGCCAGAAACGUGAAGUAGGGAGAAGCUGUAUUGGAUGGAAUUUAACAUUCAUCUCAGAUAAUCUGCAAUUGUAGAAAAGUCCCACGUGGACAGUCAGCAAACAUCUGUACUUUAAUGACUCAAUCCUGGUUAUUAACUAAUGAAUGUCACAAGGCUCUCCCAACAAGUGCUUUCCAGAGUAAGCUGAAUUGGGAAUUGAAAACAUGUAUUUGUUCUGAAAACCAAUGUGCCUCAAAGUAUCUCUUCAAUUUUACUAAAAAAGUUUUACAUCACGGUCCACAGAAAGAAUGAGACUUUGAAGCAACUUUUAUAUGCAGAUGUAAUUAAAACAGAAAUUUUGAUUCCAAGUAAAUAUUAUGCCUUUUAGCAGUUAAUUUCAAAUCACAAAUUACUGAAGAGACUGAAUGAUUAAAUAGAGCAAUAUUGACUUGACAAGUAAUGAACAAUUUUGGUACUUUCUCCUCCUCCUAGUGUGGAAUAGUAGAAAAUGCAUGUGUUUCAGAGGAUUUAUUUGAAUUCAUAGGUCAUAACUACAGCUUUUCAGAUACGUAUCCCCUGGAAGUUCAGCUGAACUGAAAUGAAGGUUCAAGCCUCUCUCUUCUCAUUUAUAAAAUGGGGAUAAUCUCUUCCUUCAUGGGGUUAAGGAAGAGACAAGGUAGAGUAUAUAAAACACCUUAGUUUCUUGCACCUAGUAAAAGUGCUCAAAAAAUGUUAGAUAAAUUUUUUUUGCUAAGUUUCAAUAUUCAGUCAGCCUUAUCCCUCUUUUGGGUAUGUAUCCAAAGGAAAUGGAAUCAGUAUCUCCAUCUGUAUUCCCCUGUUCAUUGGAGCAUUACUGACAAUGGGCUAGAUAUGGAAACAACCAGUGUCCAUUCACAGAUGAGUAAAUUGUGAUCUUACACACACACACACUGUACACACAUAUGUGAGGUGUGUAUACAUAUACACAAUGGAAUAUCAUUCAGUCUUAAAAAAGGAGAUCCUGCCAUUUGCAACGGCACAGAUAAACCCAGAGGGCAUUAUGCCAGUAAAAUAAGCCAGACACAGAAAGGAAAAAACUGCAUUUCACUUAUAUGUGGAAUCUAAAAAUGUCAAAUACACAGAAGCAGAAAGUAAGAUAGUGAUUACUGGGGGUGUGGUCAGGUAGGGGAAAUGGGGAGAUGUUAAUUAAAAUGUACAAACUCUGUUUUAAGAUGAGGUCUAGAGAUCUCACGUACAGCACGAUUAUGGCAAGAAUUCUAUAUUGAAUACUGGAAAUUUGCUAAGAAAGUAGAUUUCAGGUAUUCUCAUCACAUAGACACACAUACACACAAUGUGAGGAGACGAUACAUUGAUUAGCUUGACUAUAAUCAUUUGCUGUACAUGAAUAUCAAAUCAUAUUGUACACCUUAAAUAUAUACAAUUCUCAUUAAAAAAUAAAAUAAAUUCAGUCAGCCUUGGUACCUUUCACUGGACAGCCGGUUAUAGGGCUAGCGUAGGGAGCUGUAGGAGAGCAUUCCUUCCCCUUGUCUUGGCGAAAUAUAAUAUGCAUUUAAGAUUCAGAACGUGCUGCUUAAAAGGUUGCGGUAAAUUAUUUUGUAUACCAAAGACUUUCCUGAAAUAAAAGAGAUGUAGGCACACAUAUUUUAAAUCAUUCUACAAAUUGAGAUUCUGUAGAUUUCUAAAGGGCAGAUCUCUAUUCCAUUUCUUAGUAAGUUUUGACACCCAUCUAACAACGUGCAGUUCUUGGGAUUUUUCUCCUAACAAAUUCAAAACCACUUGUUUAAAGCCUAAAAAGUGUGUGAAAGUGUGAAACCUAGUGUUGCAAUUACCAGUUUUCCACUCAUACAGUGCGGCUACUUGGUUCAUCUCGUAACCUCAUCUCAGGAAAGAGGAACAUUAUGCUUGAAGAACAAAGUCCAUUUAGAAUAAUGUUAAUUCAAAGUCACGCAAACCAUUUGGCAAAGAAACAAAAUGUGAGCAAUCAUUUGCUGUUAAUUGCUUAGAAGUACAGAGUAUCAACACUCACAUGUAUGUACUGGUCCAAGUACAGACUCCCCUUUUGCAAGGUUUACGAUAACUGAAAGUAAAAUCAGUUUGCCUCUAGCCCAACCUCACUUCUAGGUUCUGGUCUUCAACUGACUUGAAAAAAAAGUCUGUCUGCACGUACAAACACAUUCAUACGUAUAUGUGUAUGUUUCUGCUUGAAACACAAACAUACAAUUCUUUUUGCUUAAAGGAAAUGAAUAUUCAAACAGAUAUUUCUCUAAUAUUCAUUACUUUACUGGGGCAGAAAAAUUGCUUUUAAGGCAUAAUAGUUUCAGGUUUUCAAUCAACUAUUCUUAGUUGUUACUGAUCAGAACUCAAGUUCAGCUAAAUUUUGAUUAUUAGCAACACCAGUUUGCUUGUAAGUAUUCCAAAAAAAUGGCAAAGUAUAAUUAUCAGUUUUUUGUUUAAAAUAUGUAGUACACUAAGGACUGCUUAGA